AUGGAUAAAGGAAAACAAAUAAAGCUCAAGAGAGACCUUGGAUAUUUCUGGGGAGUCAAUUUUCUAAUUAUUAAUAUAAUUGGUGCAGGAAUUUUUGUAUCCCCCAAGGGGGUGCUGGAGUACUCUUGCAUGAAUGUGGGAGUCUCCUUGUGUAUUUGGGCUGCCUGUGCGGUGCUGUCCAUGACCAGCGCUCUCUGCUACGCAGAGAUCGGAAUAGCCUUCCCAUACAGUGGGGCUCACUACUAUUUCAUCAGGAGAUGCUUUGGCCCUUUCAUGGCCUUCUUGAAUCUUUGGACCUCCUUGUUUCUGGGUGCAGGGCUAACUGCCAGUCAAGCACUGUUACUCGCCGAGUAUGGCAUUCAGCCUUUCUAUCCCAGCUGUUCUUCUCCGAAUUUACCAAAGAAAUGCCUUGCCCUGGCGGUGCUGUGGAUUGUGGGAAUUCUGAAUUCUCGUGGUGUGAAAGAGCUGUCAUGGCUUCACGCAGUGAGUACCGUGCUGAAGAUGGGCAUACUGGGCAUCAUUUCCCUCAGUGGGGUGUUCAUGUUGGUGAGAGGGAAGAAGGAGAAUGUGGGAAGACUUCAGAAUGCUUUUGAUGCAGAGUUUCCAGAGAUCUCCCAGAUAACAGAAGCCUUCUUCCAAGGAUACUUUGCAUUUUCAGGCGGGGAAUGCUUUACAUAUGUAGCAGGAGAACUGAAGAAACCCAAUAAAACUAUUCCUAGAUGUAUAUUUACAGCACUGCCUCUGAUAACUGUGGUAUAUUUACUGGCUAACAUUUCCUACUUGAUGGUUCUGACUCCCAGAGAAAUCCUCUCAACAGAUGCUGUGGCUAUUAUAUGGACUGACAGAGUUUUUCCACAAUUAACAUGGACUGUUCCCUUUGCUAUUUCUGCCUCACUGUUUAGCAACCUUGUGAUUAAUGUACUUGAGUCAUCAAGAGUGUCAUAUAUUGCAAGCGACCAAGGCCAGCUGCCCUUGAUGUUUAGUACCCUUAAUGUUCACUCAUCCCCCUUCAUAGCUGUGCUUCUAAAUGUCAGUAUGGGAUCCAUUGCAAUCGUCUUAACAAACUUAAUUGAACUGAUCAACUAUCUUUAUUUUAUGGAUUCAAUUUGGACUAUGUUAUCCAUGAUAGGAAUCCUGAAAUUGAGGUACCAGGAGCCCAAUCUACACAGACCUUAUAAGGUGUUUUUGCCAUUCACAGUCAUAGCAAUGGCCAUCAGCCUGUGCUUGGUCUUGAUUCCCCUUGUCAAGUCUCCAAAGAUGCAUUACAUCUAUGUGCUCCUCUUCCUUCUCAGUGGACUGCUGUUUUACGUGCCAUUGAUACACUUUAAAGUGAAGUUGGUUUGGUUUGAGAAGCUGACCUGCUAUCUGCAAUUACUGUUUAAUAUUUGCAUCCCUGAUAUAUCUGAUAAACAGACAUCCUCAUUUUAAAAACAAAUUUCAAAUAAAAAAAUUUAAUAAUGGUAACUUUCAAAACUGAAAUAAUGUAAAUAAAAGUACCCAAAAAAGGCUUGGCUUUAAAAUAAGGAAAUAAUUGUUGCAUAUGACCAAAGCCCUGCUUUGAUGCAAAAAUUUAAGUCUCAGUUUGUGCAAUUCCAUAUACAGAUGAUGUAUUUUCCAUUUUUCUGCUUAUUCUCUAGAGCUUCCAUUUUCUAUUGAAUUUCUAGUCUCCUUAAAAUCAAAGUUAAUGAUUUCAAAUUUUAAAAAAGUGUUCUCUUUAUAUUUCUUGAGUGCUUAUUUGGUGCUGAUUUAAAGAUAAAAAGAUCAAUUUUAUCUGUCCUGUUUGCAUUUCCUUGUUAGAGUUGUAGAUUUGGUCUUACCAUAGGUCCCUGGGAAAACUAGUCUCAAAUUCUUGGUCACUCAAGCAGUGUCCAGUACGGGUUCCAUUUCCUGAAGUGGGCCUUGAGUCAAAUCAGUUAUUGAUUGAUUAUUCCAUAAACUUUGUGCCACUAUUGCCUAGCAUGUCUUAAAGGUAGUACACCCAAAAAGGGUGUGUGACUGGCUUGGUGUUAUAUUUCUUUUUUUGAUACCAUAUAGAGUAUCUCCCUGUAACAAAGACACUGAAACACAGAAAUAAAGGCUCUAUGUUGACAUAUCCCUUUUCACUGAUUGUGUAGGUAUUGUUAUUAGCAAUGAAGCCUUACAGUUGGUAUGUGGAGAGCAACCUAUAGUCUUGGUAACAACCUGGAUCAUUUGGGGGAUUCCCUUGGUGCCGCUUUGAAUAGCAACUCAAUUAGAUGUAACCCAAACCCAAUACUGGAAGCAUCAUGUGGUGACAGGAAAUGACUAGUUGGGACUCUAUUUGCCCCAUUAUUUGGCAAUUUCAUUUAGAUCACCUUCAUAUAUGUAUAUAUUUUAGGAAAUUUAUACAGUAUUAGGUUUCUGUAGUACCUCUUGAAUUCCCCUUAAUUUUAUCUGCCUGUUCCUGUAUUUCAUCCCUAAGUUCCUCUUCUAUACCCAACAUCACCUGAUACUCCAUUUCCAGCUCCCAUUUCAUCCAGAUCUAUCUAUUCUACUUAAUUUUCCUAAUGAGAUCUAUCUGUUCCCUCUAGUACCUAACUCUAUACCUACCCUCUGUGGUUUUAUUGUAGCUUGGUAUCAUUGACUUAAUACCUAGCACUCUCAUAUAAGUGAAUAUAUACCACAUUUUCUUUCUUGGUCUGAGAUACAUCACUUAAGAUUAUUUUUUAUGUCCUUUUUCUUUUCUUUAUUUGUAUUAUUUAUUUUUACAUCCAGACCUGCAGUUUCCCCUCCUUCCUCUUCUCCCAGUCCCUAAUCACCCAACCUCCCCUCUGCUCCACCCCCAUCCACUUCUCCUCAAUUUCUGUUUAGAAAUAUGCAAUCCUCCUGUGAUAUCAACAAAACAUGGCAUAACACAUUGCAGGAAGACUAAGUGCCUCCCUUCAUAUUAAGAGUUGACAAUGUAACCCAGUCUCCAAGGGAGACCCAAGUUUUCCCUCUUGAGCCCUCCGUGUUACUUAGUUUCUCUAGAUCUGUGGAUUGUAGCAUGGUUAUCCUUUACUUUAUACCUAAUAUCCACUUAUAAGUGAGUACACACCAUGUUUGUCUUUCUGGGUCUCUCAUUACACCACUCAGAAUGUGACACAAUCUAAUAUCACCUGAAGGGAGACUCAAAGGGGGGUUUUCUAGAUCAGGUGUAUUGUAGGCGUGAUUGCGGAAGAUCUCCUUGAUUACAUUAGUUGAUGUAGGAAGAUCCAUUCCACUGUGAGGUUCUCCAUCCCAUGCUUGGGCCCUAGAAUGUUUAUGAAGAACAUAGAAAGUAGGUUGAGGUGUGCAGACAUGCAUUCAUUCUCUCUCUGCAUUGGACUGCGAUGUACGAUGACAAACUUUCAAAUGCCUGCCACUUUGACUUCCUAUCAGUGAAGGACUGCAAUUUGGAAUAAAGAGACAGAAUUAGGCCUUUCUCUGCUAAGUUGCUUUUAUCAGUAUAUUUUAUCAUGGCAAUAGAUAUGAAACUAGAGCAAUAGGUAAAAUUUCUUAACUCAGCUGCACUAGAAUUGACAAAUGGGUUUUAACAUUUUGAAGCAGAGAGGUAAAUGAAAUGUCAUUACAAGAACAUCAUGACCAAAAGCAGCUUGGGGUGGGACAUAGGGAGUUUAUUUGGCUUACCCUUCUAAAUUACAGUUCAUUAUCAAAGGUAGCUGAUAUGUUUCUGCUGAUGCAAAAGGCCAGAUCAGACCAGACUAAAAGCAGAUAAAUACAAGUUUAUGGGCAUUGCUCCUGGGUGGGCUUGUAGAUUCCAAAUAAUGGGGACAGAGAAGUUGAGCACCAGGGUGAAGGCAGGGAGUUUAAAUAGACCUUAGGUGAGGGGUAAUGACCUGCCAGCUCAUAGAUGGGACUGUGUUCAAGUAUAGUGAAAAGCUAAACCACUGAGAAGGCACUUGGGUGGGGUGGUCAUGUCAGAAAGGCAGUUACAACAUCUACCAGAAAUGUGGAACUGGGCUUUUGGCACCAUUCAGUUCAAAAUUUUCUCAGUGUGGGUGGGGUUAGGGGAAGUAGGGCAGACAGUGUUUCCUAGCUUGUCUUGGACUAGUUACCAGCUAGUGAGGCACCACAGCCUCAAGAUGCCCUUAGGGACUAAGUGGAUACUGUGUAAGCUUCAGAAAAGGAUUAUUUCUGCUAGGUUUAUGAGUCUUUCUGAAAAUGCACCUUGAACAGCUGCCCCCAUAUAGCUGCCUGAACCACAUUAUUUCUAUUUCUAAAUAAUAGACAUGGUUCCCAUCUCACACUAAGUCAUUGUGUGCAGAGAGAACAAAGGUAUCUCUUCUCCUCAGAGCAGACUUUCUUAGAUCUCAUGUUGUCUGACCCUGACUCCUGCCCUGAGACUCCUCACGGUCUCCUGCUGCUGACACUCCUAAUGCUACAGGUGACUAUGUCUCAGUAGAAUUCAUUCCUCCUUGCCUGUGGGUCUGCCCUGCCUAUAGAAUCCAGCAACUCCAGAAAAAUACAGGCACUGCCACAGAAGGGGAGGUGAGGGCACUGUCUGUGACUCCUAUGAGCACUGGCUCCACAGGUCCAUCAGCUGCAGAGGUAGCCAGAAGUGUCUAACCAGAUUAUACUUCAAACAGCAAUGAAAUUUUAAUGCCUCAUUUGACAAAAUUCUUUUCAGAAGAAUUAUAUUUAAAUCCCUCCAAUUCUGAGCCCCUUCAGAAGCAGAGCUGUCUCAGAAGCAGCUGAUGGGGCUGCCUAAACUCAUCCUCAGCACUCUAUGCUCACCCACUGAGGCUGUGAAGUCUGAGAAGUCUGAGACAUAAGUGGUAGAUGUGGGCAAUGAUUCUUUGUCCCUAGAGCUGCUCAGCUCCACCCUCCCUCAGUGUGGUUCUUCACCGUGUCCUCUGUCCUGCACCUUCCCUGCACAUAAUGAGUCUUACCACCUACUUCCACCUCCUUAAGAGGUACCAGGUGUUCUUAAUGGUGCCUGUCUUGCCAGGGUUGCCAUAGUAACGUACUAUAGACUGAAUGGCUAAAAACAAUGCUCAAACAUGUCCUCACAAUUCUUGAGUCUAGAAUCCCAGACAGAAGAUGUUUGAUGAGCUGUUCUCUUCUUAGGCUCCUCUCUCUGCCUUGUAGGUAGCAUCUUUCCCUCUGUCUUCACAUGGGCUCCUUCCUUUACCUAUCUCUGUGUAUGUCCCCUCUUUGCAUGAUGGAUGGAGUCACAUUCCAUGGACUCAGAUCAUCUUAAUUACUGUAUCUCUAAAGACUUAGUGCCAAAUACAGUUAUAUUUGUAGGCUACUGGGUUUUAGCUUUGAUGUAUUGGGAAAAUUCCUUUCAUCCUAUAAUAGUUCUGCACACACUCUUUUCCUUCUGACUGUUUCUAAUUUUAUUUAUUUGGGCAUUGUCUCAAUGGUUUUUUAAUAUAGUGGACACUUUUUUCUUAUUUUAACAUUUUACAACACCAAUUCUUUGAUUCAUUAAUUGCUUAUAUUGUUCUUUAGUAUUCAUUUUCUUUUUGUGUGUUAGUGUGUGUGUGUGUGUACACAGUGUGUAUUUGUAUAUGUACAUGUAUGCUUGUCCAUGUACAAGUAUUCAUGUGUGAAUGCAAACACAUGCAUGCACAGUGUGUGUGUGUGUGUGUGUGUGUGAGAGAGAGAGAGAGAGAGACAGAGAGAGAGAGACAGAGAGAGACAGAGAGAGAGAGAGAGAGAGAGAGAGAGAGAGAGAGAGAGAGAGAGAGAGAAAUCAGAUGGCUACCUUAGGUGACAGUCCUGCCUUCUAUCUUGUUUAAGAAAAGUCUCUUUAUUGUUCUCUUCUCUGUCUACCUCACAAGAUGGUCGUCAUCAAGCUCCUGGAAAUUUUGCUGUCUUCACCUCCCAUUACUGGCAUAGUAGAAAUAGGAUUAAAAGUUCACAUUACUGUUUUCAGCUGUGCUGUGGGUUCUGGGCAUGUCAACUAAGGUUCUCAUGCUGGAGCAGAAAGCUCCUUUACCCAACGAUCCUCCUCCCCAGUCUUGCAUUUUCCAUAUAUACUUCCUUCUUAGUUAUUCUCCACCACCUCUCCUCUCUGUCUUCAGUUCUGUGUUUGGGUUGCUCUUGCUUUUCUAGACCCUUGAGAUAUACUGUUAAGUUGUUUAUGAAACCUUCCUGAUUUUGUAGUGAAGGAGAGUUACCACAAACUUCCCUCUUGCUGCUACUCUUACUGUGUCUCCUGAGAUUCAGGCUGUUUCAUAUCCAGUCCCAUUAAUGUCCAUAAAUUUGUAUAUUUUCUCCAUUUCCCAUUAUUUGUUCAGUAGCAUUUUGAUAAAUAUCCAUGAAUUUGCUUAUUUUCUGUAGCGUUUUUUUUUUUUUUUUGAGAUAGGGUCUGUCUAUGUAAUCCUAGAUGAUAGUAUGGAACUCACUAUACAGAUCAAGCUGACCUUGAGUUUACAGAGAUCUGCUUGCUUCUGACUCUGAAGAUUUUGCUGUUGCAAUGAUUAUUCUUAAAUUCAAGUUUGAUUUCAUAAUGGUCAGAGAGGUACAUGAUCUUAUUUCAGUACUUCUGGGUGUCUAAAAGUUGUUUGUGACCUCGUAAGGUCUAUGCUAUAGUGUUAUCCAUUUAUUGAAGGAAAAAGGAAUGUGUGGUUAAGUAUAAGGGUAUGCUUUUCUAAUCUUAUCACUAGAAGAGUAAAAAUAGGGGAUUAUGAGUUCAAGGCCAGACUGGGCAAAAUAGUAAGACCUUGGAGAGAUGGUUCAGUGGAUAAAACACUUGACAUGCAGGCAUGCAAGCCAUAGUUUGGAUCUCCAAAACCUACAUAAAAACUAGGUGUGUAUGACAGCUUGCUCGUAAUCCCAGCUCAUAGGAAGCAGGGACAGGUGAUCCGUGGGGGCAAGCUGGCUAGCUAGACUAGCCUAAUUAAUGAGCUAAUUAAUGAGUUCAGCAAGCACCCCUACCUUGGUGAAAAAGAUAGAGCAUGAUUGAGGAAGACAUCUGUGGUAUUUUGAAAGAAAAUGGCCCCCAAAGGGAGGGACACUAUUAGGAGUGCUACUUUCUCAGCACUGUGUUGGCCUGCACACCACCAUGCUCCCCACCGUGAUGAUAAUGGCCUGAAUCUCUGAGCUGUAAGUGAGCUGUCCAAAUAAAUGUUUUACUUUAUCAACAUUGCUGUUGUCAUAAUGUCUCUUCAGAGCAAUUGGAAACCCUAACUAAGACAACAUCCUAAGACAAAAUCUACCCCCCACAUUUACAUGUACACAAACAUAUGUGCACAUGCAACCACUUACAUGCACUUCCAAACUCAUGCAAGCUCACAUAUACACACUACACACAUACACAUGCAAAAAAUGUUCUUUUUUCUGUAGCUGUAGGGAAAAAAAUUGUUCUAUAAAUGAGUUAAAACUUUUCUUAAAUCAGAUGCUUCUUUUUUUUGUUUUUGUUUUUUGCUCUGGAUGAUGGGUCUAUUGAUUUAAGAAAGAUAUUAAGGUCUUAGAUGGUUAAUAUUCAGUGUCAACUUGAUUAGAUUUAGAAUCAUCACAAGAACACAACUAUGGGUGUGUCUAUGAGUGUAUUGCCAGAAGGAUUUCACUACAGAGGAAAAUCCUGAGCUUGAACUGAGCAGAACCAUUGGUAGGGUACAGUCACAGGAAGGAUAAAAAAAGAAAAGCAAGGUGAGCAUCAGCCCUUUUCUCUCACCUUCCUGACUGCACACACAGUGAGGAGGGAGUUUCGGAGGUGGAGAUCUGUAUUCCACUGGAGAUGGGGGUGGGGAGGCUGCACCAGAUGUUCUUCUCAAGAGCUGGGGAUGAAACUAGGGGGUUGGACUUGGAAGACUAGACUGACAGGUGAAGAUCUGCAGUUAGCCUUUAUGUCUCCCUGAUCAGAGUGGCCUGUGGGUUCCCAGGGAGUGCCAGAUGGAGUUAGGGCUUGCUGCCCUGGCUAGUGUGUAAUGUCAUUAUUUUGUGUUUUCACUCUCCCUUUUUUAUCUUGGGUAAUUUGAUCCUCCUUUUUUGUGGAUUUCUCUGCCUAAAGCAAGGGCACAUUUUUCUUAUGAGAUGGAAUCACACUCAGUAGUUAGCCUACACCAGUGGUUCUCAACCUGUGGGUCAUGACCCCCCCCCCCCCCCCAGUUAAAUGAUCCUUUCACAGGGGUCACCUAAGACCAUCAGAAAUAUCAGAUAUUUACAUUAUGAUUGAUAGCUGUAGCAAAAUUACAUUUAUGAGGGAGCAAUGAAAAUAAAUUUAUGGUUGGGGGGUUCCCACAACCUGAGGAACUGUAUUAAAGGGUCACAGUAUUAAGAAGGUUGAAAACUACUGUCCUAAACCUUUAAAUAGACAACAAAACAAGAGAGAACUGCCUACAGUCAGGUAACAGAAGAGGAUAGCAAGACAAAAACCAAAGAAUUUGAUCUCAAAAUUAUAUAAACAUAUUCAACUAUAAAAGCAUAGACACAUACAUAAAUGCUUGUUUAGUUUAACAACAGUGUUUUUUAUUGAAAAUAAAAUUUUUUCAUGCAAUAUAUUCUGAUCACCCUCAUCUUGUCUCAGACCCUCCUCACUUCCCCACCUAUCCCUCUUCGUGCCUACUGUCUCUUAUUAGAAAACAGACUAUCCAUCUUUGUGCCUACUGUCUCUUAUUAGAAAACAGACAGACAAAUAAGGAAAGCAAACAAUUAUUAAAACAAGCAAUACUAAAAAAAAGCAGUAGAAAUACAUACCACACACAUUCACUCACAGACAUGAUCUAUAAAAAUACAAAACUGCAAGCCAUAAUAUACAAACAAAAUAACAGGAGGUAAAAUAUACCCAAACAAAACAACAGUUUUAAUUACUGACCAAAUCAUAAAAAAAAAAUGUCAUCUAUUGUUUUCAAAACUUGGAUGGACACAAAAGUCAGAUCCUUAUGACCUUAGGCUCUAAUUAUGCUUAAAAUUGACCAUAGGAUACUAUGACCAGAAUAUAUUACAUGAAAAAAAUAGUUUCAAUUAAAAAAAUUGACUACAUCAAGGAAAAAGACAUAGAAUCCCAGGCUUAGGGACAUAUCUGAAUGUGCUUCACUUUCCUGUUCCUCAGCAAAGCUCAGGAUACCAUGACUGCAUGAAUAGCUCUAGUCACAGAGGGCUUGGACUUCCUAGGUAUGUGUCUAUGCAGAGAUCUAUCUUUGACUUUCAAUGUCAUUGUUAAGGAAGAAACUUCAUUUUUUAGUCUAGCUCUAUUUUGGUGGAAGCUGUGGACCUAGUAGAGGGAUUAUAGCCAUGCUAUCCGGUGGAGCUAUUUUCAUUACAAGCUUUGACUCUCUGGCUGGAGCACUUCCAUGCUCACACAUGUGAUCUCAGCAGGUCUGGGUUCCUUGCUGGCUAUUGGUAGAAGGCUUCCAUGGCACAUCACAAGGACAGUCUAAAGGCUGAUUAGGUGUCCUCAUAGCAUGGCAACUGGCCUUCUGACAGCCAGGAGGGAGUGUGAACCAUCAAGCUCUAGAGAGCAGAUGAGUGUCUUGCUAUGUAGCAAUAAAUAACUUUAAAUAUAUAAUACUUAAAGCCGUUAUAGAAGCAAAUCUUGAGUGAGCAAUUCUAGAAUUCCAGGUACUAAUUCUAAUUUCUUCAUUUGGACUAAGUUGUUCACAAUAAUCUGGUGAAAUUUGCAUUAUUAUUAUACCAGUUUUAGAAAGAAAGUUGGGGGACCAGAGAAGCUAAAUAACUUUCCUAAGGGUUAGGCAUAAGUGUUCAAAUCAGGACUUGAACUCAGGAAGUUUGAAUUCAGAGACACAUUCUUAUGAAGCUCAGAUAGAAGGCUUCAGAUAGAGCUAUUGUUAAAUCUAUGUGUAAUAGGUAAUGUCUUUCUGUAUGCUGUGAAUAUGUGUUGCUCUGAUUGGUUGAUAAAUAAAACCAUUUGGCCUAUGGCAAGGCAGCUUAGAGGUAGGCAGGAAACCUAAACAGAGAGACAGGAAGAAGGUGGGGAGAGAUGUCAGCUGCCAUGGAAGGAGAAGCAACAUGCCAACAAACGGGUAAAGCCACAGAACAUGUGGCAAAACAUAGAUUAAUAGAAAUGGGUUAAGAUAUAAGAGUUAGCUAGCAAGAUGCCUGCCAUAGACCAUACAGUUUGCAAGUAAUAUAAGCCUCUGUGUGUUUAAUUCAACUGCAUAUGUGUUCAUCAAGGUAGGACUCUGAAAAGGCUUUAGUGUCUGGUCCUUUAUGCCUUUCCAGUCUCUGGGCUUCUUCAGGAACUCAUUUCAUUAGAGAUUUAAAAAACAUCUUGCUAUAGAAAUUUCUUCUAUUUUUUAAUCUAAAUAUUGUCAGCAUUUUAAUAUAACUAGACAUUCUUAUAUUUCUGAUUAUCAGUUUUGCAUGUAAAAUUUCCAAGUUAAUAAAACAGAAGUCCUUUAUGCAAAUAAGCUGUAAUGUAACCAAAUAUCUUUGACUAUCUUUUUUAUGUUGUGCAUUAAGACAGAAGCUCCAUUCACCACCUUAGCUGGUUCUUUCUUCAAAUUAUCAAUGAAGAUUUUUAUUUUGGUUUAACUUGAUAGCAGUUUGGUUUCAUGUACUGAUUGAUGACUAUAUACUGAUACUUGUUUUCUUUUUGUAUUUUUAAGAUAAAU